GAACCAAUCAUAAUGAAGCGACAAUAUCUUCCGUCAGAUACACUGCCAGCUUGGUUGCUCUUAAAUGGAAUCACCACGAAUGGUGUUGCAGUUCAAAACCUUGACUCUGAGUUGGGUACAGACAAAGGGAAUGCGGUUGUGGCAACUGCAGACAAGCAAGACCAACGAGAGUCUGACGUUCUUUUACAUGUCCCACGGGACUUGGUCUUAUCUUUGGAAGAAGUGAAGAAUUAUGCCAAGUCUGAUCAAGAUCUUCGUGAAGUGUUGGAGGCUGCCGGGCAAUUCGGCAGGACUAUGAGGGGCGCGAUCAUGACUUUCCUUCUCGUUCAAAUAACCCAUAACAGCCUGCAAGGAUCCCGGAAAAUAGGAGUCUCCAACCCAUGGACCGAAUAUAUCAAGUUUCUCUCGCCAUCAUUUUCCCUUCCCACCUUCUGGACAGAAGAGGAGCGCGAGUUGUUGCGAGGCACUUCACUACAAGCUGCUGUUGAGGCUAAGUUGAAUGUCAUGGAGAAAGAAUUCGAAUUCUUCCGUCAGGCUACAGAAAAGAUAGUCUGGUGUCAGCAAUACUGGUGGAAUGAAAGCUCUGAUGGCUUGGCGUUUGAUGACUGGAAAUACGUUGAUGCAGCAUAUCGUUCCCGCAUGCUUGAUCUACCCGGAAGUGGUCAUUCGAUGGUACCAUGUAUUGACAUGGUCAAUCAUGUGGCCGGGCCGGCUGUGAAAGCCCUUUACGAUACGGACUCUGAAGGAAAUGCAGUCCUUCGGCUACGAGAAUUCAAAACCAUCAAGAGAGGCGAGGAAGUGACGAUAUCAUAUGGCGAUACAAAGGCUGCAUCGGAGAUGAUAUUCUCAUAUGGAUUUCUGGAUAGCGAGAUUGGUGGAACUACGCAAGUGACGCUUGAUAUCGAAUUCCCCGAAGAUGACCCUCUUGGUAUGGCUAAGAAGAUUAUCUGUCAAGACACCCUUGGAAUUCGGAUUCUCGCCUUUCAUGACCCAGCUCAGCCCAAUACACUAUCCUGGACUGGAUUUGGAGACGUGAACUGGGACAGCCCUCUUAUAUGGUGGUCUAGCGUUAACGAGGAAGACGGGCUUGAAAUUGGCGUUGCGCAAACUACCGAUGGAAACAAGCAGCUGGAGGCGAAAUGGAAAGAUGUCAAGGUUGAAUCAGCUCAUCAACUUAUUGAGCUUAUUGCCGCUGAACCUUUGGUGGAGGUCUUCCAACUCCGAGCUGUUGUUUUAGUGCUUGGGCGACUGGAAACGCAACUGGCCACCAUACGUGAAACAGAUGAAGUCCUGAAAAGCGUUCAGGCAGAUCCAGCACUUCUCGCUGGUAUCUGCAGACCUGAGAUUUACGACAUGAUUUCUCGACUCCGGGGACUCGAAGCGGCUUUACUGCAACAGGCAGUUGAGGAGCUGAUGCAACAGCAAACCGAGUUGAUGAAGUCGGAAACGGUGGCAGCCUACCUGAAUGCGCAGUCUCAGGCAGAGGAGGUAGAGGAUUUUUCAUGA